AAAAGAAAUCUGGCAGAUGAAAACAAAAUCAAACUGACAGAGGAGAAAUUACCUCAGAAAAAUGCUGUCACAUUACCUGACCCCUCAGAUGUUGAACAUUUCAAGAUAGAAAAAUUUAGUGCUUCGGAAACAAUUUUACAGAAUACUAUGAAGGAAGUGCCACCAAUUGGAACUUAUGUCUUACCACAUCCAAUAUGGACAGAGGACCAAGUGAACAAUGUACACAUAACGCACAAACCACCAGCAGGAUUUGUGGACAAGUUGGCAUAUGGCAGUGUUCAAUUAUUGAGAGCCAACUUUGAUUUGUUCUCAGGCUUCAAGUUUGGAAAGAGAAAUGAGAGAAAAUGGUUGAACCGUAUCUGUUUUCUAGAAACUGUGGCAGGAGUUCCUGGCAUGGUUGCAGCCAUGAUGCGUCAUAUGAGAUCUUUACGACGGAUGCAGAGAGACCAAGGCUGGAUACACACACUUCUAGAAGAAGCAGAAAAUGAACGAAUGCAUUUGCUCACAGCUCUCCAGUUAAAAAAGCCUUCAUUGCUUUUCCGCUUGAGUGUCAUUGGCUCCCAAGGUAUAUUUGUGACACUGUUUGGAAUAGGCUACAUCGUCAGUCCAAAGUUUUGCCAUCGCUUUGUUGGCUAUUUAGAGGAAGAGGCUGUGAAGACAUACACCAAAUGUCUAGAAGAUAUAGACCAUGGACCUAUGCAACACUGGAAAACACAGCCAGCACCAGAAGUGGCUGUGAGGUACUGGAAACUCAAGCCUGAUGCUACCAUGAGAGAUGUCAUUCUUGCGAUUCGAGCUGAUGAAGCUCACCACCGAGUUGUCAACCACAAUUUGGCCUCACUAAAAAAGGACGAGUUUAAUCCGUAUAAGCCAGGAGAAUAA